AUGUUUCUCAUACAUGGUGCCGGCGGCUUUUCAAUCGGCCCACUGUUGGAUAUUAGUGCCAUAGCACCUACUUCUUCGCCUGAUUUCCGCUUACUAUAUUCUACUAAAUACAUGCAUCUCAGUCGGCGUCCCUUUUACAGGGCUUUGAAUGGUAAGAGCUGGAUAUACUCGAAAUGUGAUGCCUUACGAAUGUAUCCCGAGUUUGAUAGCUCAGGUGGAUCGCAUUGGGGAUCAAAUAGCCUCGUUAUCAAAUAUGAUGAGCCGGACAAAGCUAUGGAACAGCUCGAAGAGCUUUUUAAUCAUAUUUUGAAUGAGUUGCGUAUAUUGUUUCAAAACGGGAAAGCCUCACCCAACGAUUUAGACGAAUCUGGCGUGCCACUAUCUGAGGCUGUUUGUGGUUGGCUAAUUUUUGCGCUUGACAACGAGCUCAUCAAAUUUUCAAAAAUGUACAUCUACACUAAGAGUCAGAGACUAGCUAAGUGCCAACAUGCGAUCAGAAUAUUUCGCACAUUUAUCGAGCAUGCCAAUUCCAUCGGUUUGAGUACAUCAUAG